AUCUAUGAUACUAUUUUAUAAUACUAUGCACUAUGGAUGUAGUAUCAUACACUAGUAUCAUAUGCAUGAUACUACUAUAUGUUACUCCCCAUUAUGACAAGCCUCGUAUGCCCACGACCCCCUCGGCGUUACGUAGCACUCUGACGCAUCAAUGCCCGAUCCCCUAGCCACUGCCUACACCACUUCGUCUCCCUCUCUAGCCGAGACCCGAGACACCAGAGCACCGAGCACGCGCGCUUCGCCGGAGCGCCAGUCAGACAAGAAGCCGCGCAACGGCAUUGCCCCCGAGCGGCCGGCCGGCCGACCGAUGAAGCCGCUGUACCUGCGGAGCAGCGGCAGCUUCAAGAGGCUGCUGCUCUCCCUCUCGCCCCACCGCGCCAAGCGCGUCCACGCGCCCCCCGACGUAGAGCACCCGAGCGCGCAGGCGGAGGCAGCGUCGCCGCCGCACGAACGGAAUCCCGAGUGGGAGUGCUUCUCGUACGAGGAGGUCCGGCGCGCCACGGGCGGCUUCCGCGCGGCCAACCUGGUGGGCCGGGGCGGGUCGUCGGAGGUGUACCGCGGCGAGCUGGCGGACGGGCGCGCCGUGGCGGUGAAGCGGCUCAUGGGCGCGUCCGCCUGCGAGCGCCGGGAGCGGGACUUCCUGGCGGAGCUCGGCACCGUGGGCCACGCCACGCACCCCAACGUGUGCCCGCUCCUGGGAUGCUGCGUCGACCGCGACCUGUACCUCGUCUUCGCCUUCUCCGCCCGCGGCUCCGUCUCCGCAAACCUCCACGACGGCGAGGAGGGGGCACCGGCGAUGGGGUGGGAGGCGCGGUACGGCGUGGCGGUGGGCACGGCGAGGGGGCUGGAGUACCUGCACAAGGGGUGCCGGCGGCGGAUCAUCCACAGGGACAUCAAGGCCUCCAACGUGCUGCUCACCGACGACUUCCAGCCGCAGGUCAGUCACUCGGUCAUCUCCAUCGUCGAUCGAUCGAUCCUCUGCUGUGCUCCGGCAGCCAUGACGCAUGCAGAGAAACGAACGACAGAUCUCCGACUUCGGGCUGGCCAAGUGGCUGCCGACAGAGUGGACGCACCGGGCGAUCGCGCCGAUCGAGGGCACCUUCGGGUGCCUGGCGCCCGAGUACUACACGCGCGGCAUCGUGGACGAGAAGACGGACGUGUUCGCCUUCGGCGUCUUCCUGCUGGAGCUCAUGGCCGGCCGGAAGCCGGUGGACGGCACCCACAGGAGCCUCCUCGGCUGGGCGAGGCCUUUGCUCAACGAGGGCAAGACGGAGGCGCUGCUGGAUCCGAGGAUCGUCGCCGGCAAUGGCGGCUACGACGCCGAGCAGGCCCGGCGGCUGGCGUUCGUGGCGUCGCUGUGCGUUCGCGCGUCGGCGACGUGGAGGCCGUCCAUGACCGAGGUUCUGGAGCUGCUGGAGGGCGUGGAGAUCAAGGAGGAGCGGUGGGCGAUGCCGGAGCCGGCGGCCGGGGACGACGAGGGGGAGGAAAUGUGGGGCUUCGACGACCUCGACGACGACGACGAAGACGAGGAAUCCGGCACGCCGUCCCCUUUGUCAACAUCCUCAGCCUCGAGCGCUUAGCACAGGCCAGGCUAAGAUUAUGUGAGACGACCGUGAUGCUUGCUGAAAAUUUUGCUCCUUCCCACCUGCCCCGCCAGGCCGGGCCCCACAUUGUAAAUGACACCACAAAGGCUUUUCGUUGUCGAGGUUGUGAAUACAAAGGUUAUCUGUGAAAGGCAA